CUCUGGGAUCGUUGAAGGCGAUGCCAGAGAUCGACAAUGUUGCUCGCGGCAUGUCCCCGCCGCCGGUGACCAAUUGUUUGUUUGGAAAGUACGAGAUCGGAAAACUUCUAGGCUGCGGCGCUUUCGCCAAAGUCUACCAUGCCAGAGACAUCGCCACCGGCCAGAGCCUCGCCGUCAAGGUGUUCAACAAACAAAAGAUCAAUCAUAACACCAGUCUGAUGUCGAACAUCGAGCGUGAGAUCGGUAUCAUGCGUCGUCUCCGUCAUCCGAAUAUCGUUAAAUUGUACGAGAUUUUGGCUACGAAGACGAAGAUCUAUUUCGUCAUGGAGUUGGUUAAAGGCGGUGAGUUGUUCGCUAAGGUUGCGAAGACUCGGCUUAGUGAAUCGCAGAGUCGGAAGUAUUUUCAGCAAUUGAUAUCCGCCAUUGGAUAUUGUCAUUCUCGAGGUGUUUACCAUAGAGAUUUGAAGCCUGAGAAUCUUCUAAUCGAUGAGAAUGGGAAUUUGAAGGUUUCGGAUUUUGGUUUGAGUGCUGUUACCGGACAGAUACGAGAUGACGGGAUGUUGCACACGUUGUGUGGUACUCCGGCUUAUGUUGCGCCGGAGAUUCUCACGAGGAAAGGAUACAAUGGAUCGAAGGCGGAUCUGUGGUCGUGUGGAGUUAUCUUGUUCGUGUUGACGGCCGGAUACCUACCGUUCAAUGAUUCAAAUCUCAUGAUGUUGUAUAAGAAGAUCUAUAGAGGUGAUUAUCAUUGUGCGAAAUGGAUGUCGGCGGAUCUCCGGCGACUGUUGUCUCGUCUCCUGGAUACAAAUCCGGCGACGAGAAUCACCAUCGAUGAGAUCACUCGUAGUCCAUGGUUCAGGAAAGGAAGCAAAGGAUCAAAAGUUUACGAGUGCGACGACGAAGAAGAAUUCCUCGUGAAACCGGAACAGAAUGCUAAAACGACGGCGUUAAACGCCUUCGAUCUCAUCUCGUUUUCUUCCGGUUUAAACCUGUCACCUUUCUUCGAUAGCACAUAUAACUCGCCGGAUAAAAGCGAAAAACUGGUGGUCGCCGGACCUCCGGAGGAAGUUAUCGACAAGGUUCAGGAGACCGUGAAGGAGGACGGCGUGACGAUCAAGAAGCGAAAGGAUUGGGGUUUGGAGUUGGUAUGGGAAAAUGGUAAAUUCGUGAUCGGAUUGGAGGUUUUCCGGUUGACGGAAAGAGUGGUGGUGGUGGAAGUUCGGAGUAGAGGCGGAGGUGCAGAGUUAUACGAUGAGUUUUGGAAGAACAGAAUCAAGCCAGGGCUACUCGACCGACGACGGGAAGCUUAGGUAAGCCGGCAACUAAAGGCUCGACGGCGGGGACACGUGUGGAGCGUCUUUAUUUGUCAAA